GGAGACACAGAUCCCACAUGGGCUGCUCGCACUCCUCCGCAACGACCACGCGCACGGCGAAGCAGUCCCGGAGUGCGAAGCAAUCCCGAGCAGUCUGCGCCGGCCUCCCUGUUGUCGGGAUCCUACGCUGCGACGGAGCACGAUGGGAGUGCGCGCAGGCGAUUGUGAGCGCGGCUGACAGGGCCGAGUACCACUACCGCAUCGUGUACGCUGUGGUGGAGGGAUUGCCCUAUCAGCAUGUGCGCGCUGGGAAGCCUCUGAGUGCGUCCCAGGAGGAGGCGUUACGAGUGGCCGUCGAGGAACUUGACUCCGCUGGUUGCGUUUGCAUCACCGGCGAUUGCGGAUCUUUUGUGCACUACCAAGGUGCCGUGCGCUCGCUGAGCGCGCCGUCGUGCUGUCGCCACUGGUGCAGCCAGGCGGACCUCGAGCAGAAUCUGGUCGCGAUCGGGCUCGAGCAAGACGACGCGAAGCGCUUUAUCGUCGUCGGCCUGCAGCACAUUCGCGGUUUCGCGACCGCCGAUGUCGCCGACCAGGAGGUUAGCGAAUGGGGCCUCGUCGACGAGUCGGUGACCACGGUGGAGCGGAAGGCCAUCAUCACCACGGUGGAGCGGAAGGCCAAGGAGAGCAAUGCAAAGGCCAUCAUCCUCGAGUCGACGCUGCUGCCUUCGUUCAGCGACGCGCUGCGCGCCAGGCUCGGCCUGCCCGUCUUCGACGCCCUCACGCUGGUGGACUACUUUGUGCACGCGAGUACCGACAACCCUCGAUUCGGCCUCGACUUUGACGAGCGGCAGGCGGGGCGCUGCAGCGCUUACGACGGCCUCGACCCCGCGAAGCUUCCCGCCAUCGGCAUUCUGCGCAUCGAUUACGAGUACCCACCCGCCUUGGGCGACAUCGCUUGCGAAAAGCACCCCACGCGGCCAUCACAGGUGGCCGAGGGCCUGACGUUUGAGGUUGCGCAGGAGGGAGGGCCGCUUUGCAGCGAGAAGCGCGAAAACGUGGCGGCAGCUCUCCAGCGGCUUCAAGCGACGCCUGGCGUCGUCGGCAUUGCGGGCGGCCCGCGCCUCCGCUCUCCCAAGCCCACGCCCAAGCCCAAGCCCAAGCUCGCCAGCCCCGGCCCUGCGGUGCUCCGGAAGGCGCCAGAGCAGUCGGCGAGGUUCCUCGUGCUCACGGCCAACGGCGCGGCGCUUGAGCCAAAGUUCGCCGAGAUGCUCGCGCUCGCAAACGUGACAGAGGCGGAGGUGCAGGCGCGGUUCCACGUCCUCGGUCUCGAGGACGUCGACGGCUUCGACGCCGUCGCAAAGGGAGAGGCGGUCGACACCGCGCGGGUGGAGCCAGGAAUCGUGGCGCUGGCGAAGGCGGCGGUGGCUCGGUUCCCGGACGUGCGCGCGAUUCUCCUCGAGUACGCCGACGCGCUUCGGUCAGCGCUGGGCGUGCAGGUGUUCGACGCCAUCACGUUGGUGGAUUACGUCCACUCCUCCACGGCCGACAACCCCCACUUUGGGGUGAAGUUCCAAACCACGGUUCCCGAGACGCCCUCCACACCCUCCUCCACACCCUGGAGAAAAUCAUCGCCGACUCUGUGAGGGUCCGCCUCCUACACGGUGAAGAGCUUGAGGGUCCGCCCGCGUUUCGGCCGAAGACCACUCCCCGUCGGCGGCCUAGGUCGACUGGCGGCUAGCGGAUCGCUGCCGAGUAGUGAGUAGUGAGUAGUGAGUAGACGUGCCUGUAUGUCCUGACAGUGUAAGAGGUGUGCAUGUGCAGGGUGCGUGAGUCCGUGAUGGUGAUCACGCACCUUGUCUAGGUUGCGUGCACACGCGCUGAGUAGUGAGUAGACGUGCCUGUAUGUCCUGACAGUGUAAGAGGUGUGCAUGUGCAGGGUGCGUGAGUCCGUGAUGGUGAUCACGCACCUUGUCUAGGUUGCGUGCACACGCGCUGAGUCUACGUAGUGAUAGAUACGUGCUUGUAUGUCCCGACAGUGUAAGAGGUGUGGAAGGA